AUGGCCCUGACAAGGCGAACGAAGGCAUUGAAUGAUCUUUAUAUAAGCAACUCUGAAGAAAAUCCAAUGGUUCCUUCGCAACUCAAGAGAACCAGGAAAAAAGUUGCAGCCAGCACUCCAAAGGAUCCUGUUGAAUCUGAUUCUCCAUGCCCAGAGAGUGAAUGUGCUCAUCUCUAUGUGGCCCACCCUUCAGAUAGGUUUGGUUUCAAGCCAUUGCAGUCACAGUCCCAGGCAACCCAGCCCACCAGUCACACUCACAAGGAGGCUACCAGCGAAGUCACAGAGUGGGAUUCAGAAAAACAUAGGAGACAGGGAGACAUCGAUGAUUUUGAUGAGUCUGGGAAGAGUGCCGAUGAACACGAGAUGCAAGAUGAAAGACGAGCCAUUGUCGAUGAUUUCAGGGAACAGGAUGAUGAUGAGGACCUGAUGGAAUUUGAUCAAAGCCAGUCUGGACGCGAAGAUAAGGAUGAAGGUCUCCUCAUCAAUGUUCACCCAAAUGUGUGUCUCGUCAGUCCCCUGAGACACAUACUUCUUCCACUUGCCUUAAGUCUCCUCCGCGUGCACAUCGAAAAGUGCCAUCUGCAAAGGCUGGUUCUGCUCAUGGCAUACCUCAUGGUUCUACCUCCCACGGAUUAUCUCCUCCUCGGCGCUCCCCUGCUUGGUCCACAAGCAUUUUGGCUCGCUCAAGGCCCCAUUCAAGCAGAGGUCGUGAUCCCACCUGCCGCAGACUGUCUCCUCAUCGCUCUCCCAGUGGCUCAACAACCAUUCCCACUCGCUCAAGAUCUCCUCGCUUGGGUAUAUCCCAUGGUUCAACCUCCCGUGGUUCAACCUCCCGUGGACUGUCUCCUGGUGGACGUCCCUUGUCGCGACCACCACAUAGGCAAGCCACUCAAUCUGAUCGCAAGCUUUCUCAUACCCCUGCUUCAAGCCGCUCUUGCUCUCACUAACCCUUCGAAACUGGGAUUUUAUCCACCAUGUUGGCAAGCAUUUCUCCAAGCAGCAAAAUUAGAAAUGCGCUUACAGGCUGUUCUGACGCAUCCAAUCCCAGAGCAUAAGGAUGUGCUACAACUUGCGCGAGAAGUCUUAGAUGUGGUAUUGUGGAAGUACCAUUCAAAGAAAAUCAAAAUAGAGAACGGCUAUUUCCCAGAGUACAGGGCACAGAUGUCAUUCCUCCUCUGUGACGACUUGUUCACAUUUCGCACGGAGCUCAAGAAAAUCAUACUGUCUAUUGCCAAACAAUUAUAUGGCAUCUUCCCCAAAGGCAGCAUAGCGCAGAAGGAUGCCAUACAAUGA